GUCAGUCGGGCCUUCUGGGCUUCCUGGUCCUCAGCUCCGCCUCGCCUCGAUCUGGCCGGACAGGGGAAACACUUCUCAGUUAAAGAACAAAAGCAACAACGGACAGACGGAGGAGGACGAAGUGACGGCCACUCAAAUUCGGAGCCGAACCUCUCGGAUUUGGAGAUUUGAGCCCUCCACACCAGGAAUCAGCCGACGACUGAAACUCCCACGAAAGGCGACAAACUUGGUCGCGUCGCAUCUUUGUAUCCCGACCGUAAUCCGUCGAGUUGUUUGAUAAAUAAGACAAGGGUCAAGCAGACAGACGGACGGUAUUGUUUCCCCUGGUCUUCUUCCAAACUUCGACCAUUAAAACCGGAGUAGCAGAAGGCAAACUGAGGAUUUCUUUUGUUUCCUUUUCGCUGGCACGGACCUCUGGAGUAAAGGGUUAUUUUGGCAUUUUCGGUUUCUGUUGGACUGUCUGCCUUUGUGAAGAGGCUACACUUAUCUUUUUGGACUGAGAACUUGGAAGUGGAACAAAGCCUGACUGGGAAGGGGUGAGAGACCCUACUUUCAUGUCCCAGAUGGCAACCUACAGUGAACUUAAUGGAAGAACUGGACUACUUCUGAGCAUGAAGGCUUACAAAGGCAAAAUAACAAAGAUGGAAAGUGAAGGAAAGCAUGAAGCUAAACGCUCUGUCAAGGAUUUGCGCCACUCUGCCAGCCCAGCCGAAAGCAACCCAAGUGGUGUGGCUAGUUUCACAACUAACCACAACUCUGUCGUGUGCCUGCCCCUAGUGUCAGAGGGACUGAAAUUGGUAUGGACACAGUCUGAUCAGACCCGAGAACUUGACGCCAUCCCAGAGCUGGUCCAAGCUUUUAAUUUAUUUCCAUACCCAUCGUCUCGUGAAGUUAACGCCCUAGCCCGGGUAUGUGCCCUGCCACUGGACAAAGUUAAGGUGUGGUUUAUGGUUCAGAGAAUUAAAUAUGGCAUCAGCUGGUCCUCAGAAGAGAUAGAGGAGACACGGCGGAAACUGUCUGUGCCUGAGCUUUAUGAUGACUCUACUGAAACAAAUGAAGAAGCCAAAAUUAAUAGCAAGAGCAGCAGCUGUGAUGAAAUGAUAAGUGAAGAUAAGGAUAAUGACAUAGAGGGUGCUCUUUCCAGCCUCAGCCCCCAGAAAAAGAAACCAAAGUGUGAAUCACCAGAUUCCUAUAAACCAGCCAAACCUACUUCCAAGUGUUUCAGUUCCACCCUCCCACCUCCUCAGGAUUCAUACUUCUACCGCCCACCAGUGGACACACCAGCAAGUACUGCAGCUGAUGUCUCCCUCGACCUUCCCGAAUCAUCUUCACGACAACACCGUCAUGGUCGCUACAAAAAGUCUAAAGCUCAGCUUGCUGCCCUUCGCAAGAGCUUUCUGAGAGAGAACUGGCCUGCAGAGGUAGAGCUUAGACGUUUGCAGGAAGAAACUGGGUUGAGCCGCAAUGACAUCCGUAAAUGGUUCAGCGACAGCCGUUACCAGCUUAGGGUUGGUCGAGGAAGCCUGGCAGCAGCCCAGAACUAUUCUCACCUUACUGCUGUUGGGGGUAAACAAGAUCAACAAAUCCAACCUCUUCCCCUUGUUACUCAGAAUACUCGUCAACUAAACGGUGUGAAGGGCCAGGAGGUAGGUCGUAGUAAUGGGAUUAGAAAUUCACAUUUCUUUCAGACCUUCUUGACAAACAGCCUUGAGGCAUUUGGGGAAAGGAUCAUUGAGGCAGAUGGGUAUGAAGUGACAGAGGAGCUUUCUGGUGAUGGGGACAGUCUUAAAGAUGAGGAACAGAGCGAAGAAAAACCCUUACAAUUGACCAAGACCUGCAAGACUGAGCCAGAUGUUCCACAGGAAUCAUCCGAUAUAUUAAAACCCUCUCCCCACUCUUCCCCCUCUGGCAGCCCACCACUCACAGCCUCACCUAAUAAACAACUUUCAAACAGUAUCAGCACAUCAAAGAGGUCAGCCCAUUCAGCCAAAGCCAGUCCCUCACAACCACCCUUGCAUGUCUCAAGGGCCUCCUCAUCUACAUCCCCUGCCCUCACUCCUGCUGGGCGACCAAGAAAGACCAAGGAGCAGUUGGAUGUGUUAAAGCAGCACUUCUUACGCUGCCAGUGGCCCAAGAGUGAAGACUACACAGAACUUGUUAAGCUUACAGGUUUACCACGUGCAGAUGUUAUUCAGUGGUUUGGGGACACGCGGUAUGCUGUUAAAAAUGGUCAACUACGCUGGGUUAAGGGUGUCCGCGACCAGUUCUUGGCAGAACUUGCUGCCCAGCAAAGUAGCAGUGGCUUAAGUAAUGGAAGUGGCUCUGGCACAUCUACUCGGGUCGGGGGUCGCAAACGAAAAGCUCAAACAAAUGGAACAAGUACAGAUACCCCAAACAUCCAACCAUUGGUAUCAUAUUACCUUUCAGCAGGCUCACUACAUGAAAAAGACCUUGACACUCUAUGCAAGAAAUCAAAAAUGAGCUACCAGCAAGUUCGAGAUUGGUUUGCAGCUCAGGAUGUUGGGGAAACUGACCAAGAACCUCUUGUUACUGAUUAAGAGACAUAGACACUAAAGACUAUAUGAAAGUUGGUUGAGUGCUCCUCACAUCCUUCGCACCAACAGGCAUAGUUAUGACUUGGGUUUAUAUUUGCUUUAACUGAAGCAGGUUUGUAAUAUUUAGUCUUCCCAGUACAAGCCCAAAGUGAGGUUUGUGUUUUUUUAUAUUUGUUGCGUUUUCUGUUCAUCUUAAUAUAUUUGGACUUGGAAUUAUAAUUGUGCUGCCUGUGUUGCUGUAAAUAGGACAGUAACUUGUACACUGGUUUGCUAUAUUUUUGAGCUUACUAUUUUUGUUUAGAUAUCAAUACUACAGAUUUUUUAGUAUGCUAUUGUAGCAGUAAUUUAAACUGGUUGUAUUUUUGGUACCUAAGUAUAGCACAUGAGUAAAUGCUCUGGAAACAUU